AUGGCGGGAAAGCACAUACCGGAAGAUAUUAUAGUGGACAUCCUUUCCAGGUUACUUGUCAAAUCCCUGAUCCGAUUCCGCUGUGUUUCAAAACGCUGGCGUUCAAUAGUGUCUGAUCCACAGUUGGCCACGUUGCAGUUUCAAGUAGCUUUUGAGAAGAAAACUCAGAGUCGCAUAAUCGUCUUCUACCGUAACGACUCUGACAUUGAAUCCUUAGACUUGGAGAGGCCGUGGUCUUUGUCUUCAAUUAGAAAGCUUACUGGUCCAUUCGAGCAUCGGGAUAGGAUCAGUCAUGUCGAGGUACUAGGCUCUUGCAAUAGUUUGGUAUGUGUUGCAACUCCUGGUUCUGUUUUUCCUCUUUACAUUUGGAACCCAUCAACUGGAUUCUCGCUUAAGCUACUUGGUUUUUCCAAUAAUGAAACCAACUGCUCUCAAAUAAUCUACUGUGGUUUUGGCUAUUUGCCGGCCACUGACGACUACAAAGUUCUGGUGGCCGCAUAUUCUUGGGAUAAUGAGGCGGAGACGCUGGAGGUCAAAAUCUUCUCGACAAGAACUGGCCUUUGGAAAAGGCUUGAAUCACCUUUUAAGUCCUGCCCUAGCUAUUUAACUUCGAGACAAGCUAUGAUUAUUGUGGAGGAUGCAUGUAUGGAUUUUCUUAUGGGCCGUACAGUGCUGCUUGUGAUAAUUCUGCUUGAGUCUGAGUUCCCGGUGUUUCUCUUCCCAUUCUUGGCUACCAACACUGGUACAGUUGUGGCUAAGUUGGCUUGCAAGGACCACAUGAUGGAAAUUGUAAGGAUUGAACAUGAAGACAAGCCAGUUGUUACAGACAGGCUUCGGAGGAGGUAUCAUAUGCCUGGUAUCAUUAUAUAUGAAGAGAGUCUACUCCAGAUUCCUGAUUAUCAUGCUGUGAUCCAAGAAUACAUGGUGAAAAGAGUUGAAAACUCCAGAAAGCUGAAAUUAAGAGGAAUAAUUGCUAGCUGCCUUGCUCUGUUCAACUACUUCUAG